AUGAGGAUCAAUCUUUCAACUGUAUUCUUUGUGUCUGGGCUGUGUAUAGGAUUUCUGUCUAUCCUAUACAUUGUUUACUCAGACCCUAGCACUGUAGACCCAGCUGUUUUCCUUCUGGGUAACUCCAAUGGAGUUCAGUAUGACAGGGGGGUUCCAAGACACAUGCACUCAGAUGAGAACAGGAGUGAUGCAGCCAACCUGUCCCAGAAGGUGCGUCUGCUAUGUUGGAUCAUGACUGGACCUAAGAACCUGGAGUCUAGAACCAAACACAUCCGGGCCACCUGGGCCAACCGAUGCAACAAAAUCCUCUACAUGAGUUCAGUGGAGACAGAAUUCCCCACAGUGGGACUCAACGUAACCGAGGGACGAGACCAGCUCUACUGGAAGACCAUCAGAGCCUUCCAGUACAUCUACCAACACCACCGCAACGACUAUGACUGGGUCCUCAAAGCUGAUGAUGACACGUUCGUGGUCAUCGAAAACCUCCGCUACACCUUGUCCAAACAGGACCCGGAGAAGCCUGUAUACUUUGGGAGAAGGUUCCGCCCGUUCGUCCACCAGGGUUACAUGAGCGGUGGAGCCGGCUAUGUCCUCAGUAAAGAAGCCGUCAGAAGGUUCAUCGAGGGAUUCGACAUGGCGAAAUGUACCCACUUUUCCAUCAUAGAAGACAUGGCUCUGGGGAAGUGUAUGGAGACAAUGGGUGUGGAGCCGGGAGACUCCAGAGAUGUGAAGGGAAGGCAGACGUUUCAUCCCUACCCACCAGACAAGUACCUGAUCAAAAAGCCACCCAGAAAACGGCCUUGGUUUCUCUUGUAUGACUACUACAAACCCAGAGAGGGCCCAGAAUGUUGUUCAGAUCACACCGUAUCCUUUCACUACAUCUACAAUGUACAGAUGUACAUGCUGGAAUAUCUGACCUAUAACCUACGGCCCUACGGAUACCAGUACAGGUACAACCCUGAUUCUGCAAGAACUGAAAGUGAGAGUAACACACCCACACCUGUCCCUGCCUAA